UUCAGUGUCAAUUGAGUUGUUCAUUCGUUCGUUUCGUGUGGUUUCUGUUUGUACUGCUCUGGUCGUCGUCGUCGUCGUCGUGUGUUGUUACUCGUUACUGUUCCUAUUUUUCCUCCACUUUAUCAAAGAUUUGUGUGUGAGGAAGGAAGUGUUUCCGUUUUUGUCCUUUUAGUGUGUAGGAAUUAUAUCCAAAAUUGAAAUUGGCAAGCCGUUUUUCGGUUGUUGUUGUGUUGAAAAAACCCGGGUGCGGUACCGUGGUUUCUUGCCAAUAGAAAAUAAAUGCCGGGUCGAUAUUAUGUCACAUCACGACGGUUGCGAGCCAGGCAAUAAAGCUGCUGAACAUCAGUAACCGAGUGAUCAUCCAACAUAACAGCAGCAUCGUCGACAUUGACCAUGAUGUGUGUGCGUGUGAAAGCAGCAACAUUCCACACAGAGAGUGUUGUGGCGUUUUUUUAUGUAUAAAUUCUCACUUGCAUAAAAUGCAUUCUUUCUUGGUGAUUCAUUACACCAGUCCCUGUCGCAGUUGGGGGGGUGAGAAAUGUGCAGUUGUGCAUUCUAAUGGUAUGCGUGUCUGCAUCGUGUCAUGUACUGCAAUCUAGAAUAAAAAGUUGAGAUAAAUCUCCCUAGAGUGGGUUCUCAACGAGUGUUAAAAAGAAAAGAAAAAUGGAAUCAACUUCCUGUGCAUCAAAGUGGCAAAAAUGCAAUUUAAUCUUUGAGACGAAGAGUGUGAAGUUUAUAAGCGAAUUAAGCAUAAAGAAGUGUAAAACUGCAUCUGUAUGAUCGUUACGAGCAGGAUCUCUAACUGUGUUUGGUUUAAUUUAAACGUCGUGGCAAGCAAUUGUGCUGGUUUAAGCAAAAAAAAUGUAGAUAGUGGUUGUCCAACAGGCACAGUGUUAGUAAGGCGGAAUGUAUCGAAAGAAUGCUACCAUUGCGCUAAUGUACGGUUUGUGGGAGUAAAUUGUUAGCAUGAAUUGAUAUGCAACGUGGAACUAGCACAAAUUGAAGAUUAUGUUAAAAAAAAAAGAUUUUUAAUUUACGAGUUCAAGAGCAUUUGUUAUUCUAAGAGCUAGAUACUAGAUCCAACUUUGCCGCUUGGCCUUUGUAACUUCUGUAUCCCUCCAGAUGUUAAAAUCAUUAUCUUUCCCUGUUAAUUAUUCUUGUUGAAGGUUUCCCCUUUCCUCUGAAAACCAUGCUAAAUAACCCAGUUUAUUAGUUUUUGACUUUUUUUUCGUUCAUACACCAAACUAAAAGUCCUCAUAUUUUGAAAGGCGUUGACUCUGAAUAUCACACCACUACUUAGCACCCAUCCAUCUUAAUUCGUGCGUGAAGUUUGUCCAAACUUGAUAACGAAACGGGUGUACGAGUUGUGAGAAUUUUGUGCGACUCGAUGUUCUGGCGCCGUCGUGCUGUUUUGCUUUUCAUCCACUUGACCGUACCAUAAUGGAAGUUCCAUGUUGGCGUUCUUUCCACAUAUUUCAUUAGAGUUGGACGAGUUGGACCGGGGCUUAUGAUCGGGCGUAAAAGUGUAAUCACUGUGCGAGGGCGUCGCAAGCAGACAUUAAGGGAAAUAAUGAAAACAAGUGGUACAUUCGUUUGUCAUCACUAUGAUGUGUGGUCAUUGCCCCACUGUGACUCCGUUUACAGUUUUGUGGGAGGAAUGUGUAGUUGCUAGCUGCCCUUUUCUUGCAAUGUUGUUGUGAGGUUCGGAAUUCGGGGGGUGUGACAUCACAUUAAAGUGCAAUGAAACUGAAUUUGAUGAUAGUUAGAAAGUUUAAGAUGGAAUUAAGCAUUAAGCAAGCUUUUCAUUUUGUGCUUGCCAAGCGCUUCAUGCAGCGACAGAUGCUAUAGCAUGGUUGGUAAGCACGGUUUAUAGCAACACACUCGUGGCGAGAUCAAAUCUUAUCGGAGCUCUCUCAUGCAUCAAGAAAAAUUUAACUUUGAUAUUACGGUGUAUAUCAAUGGCACGAUGCAAUUUUAAUUGAAGUAUCUCAUUAGCUUCCGGUGGAGUUGGGUGGCAUUUGUGCCAGAGAAAGCAUUUCCAAUGGCGCCUCCAGUUUUCAGGGGAGGGGAAGGAGGGAGAGGGGGAUCUUUCUGUUUGGAGCUGCUGGCGUAAUCAUGUUGCACGUGAAGCGUGUAUAGCUUUUUGUGAAUUUAUCAAGUUUGCUGCAGUUUGGUCCAGUCCAUCAUUCACUUGGAGCCAGUUUUCUGACGCAAUGCGACGCCUGUUUGCGGUUCCCAUUCGGUGGUACGUGAGUGAACGAAGUUACAAAAAGAACUCGAAAGAAAAACAGGGAAAAACUAAAACAACAUCCAUUUUUGUGCGUUGCGAUAGUUAAGUUCCAUUCCAAUUAGCUGCAUCUUUUUAUUUUGUUUUUGAGAAAAUAAAGAAAACACAUUACGCUUUAGUAGUGAAAGUGAAAGCAUGUUUUGAGGUUUUAACGACAGAUUGGAUGCUGGUGACAAAAUUGCAUUUCUAUUAGACUUUCAACAAGUUAGGUAAAGUGUCAGAAAACUUUUCGUUCGUUAGCAGCUUCGGGAAGGAGAGCUAUUGAGUAAUCGUUGGUUGAGGGGAUAUUUUUUAUUUUGCUAACGAAGAAGUUGAAGUUAGCAAUGUAAAUUUUGCCCCUUUGCCAGACCUCUAUGCUAUGACCUCUGGAAUGCAAAAUUCAGAAAGAAGCCACAUUGUGGAGAGUGAGCUUGAAAAACCGGUCCAUACUGUUGUUGCCAACUGUGUUUGUGGGUGCUUUUUUCACGCGCGUUUCACAUUUGGUAAUAUUUUCUUCACUAACUUAUAGAAGUUUUGUUGUUUGUGUUCGUUUCGGUGUGCGUGGUAGAACAUUCACUCGGUGUCACUCUUUGUCAUUGGAACAUGUUGAAGGUUGAGUAAAAGGUAUCGACAUUAAGAAUAUAGGUAGAAAAGUACAUUCAUUUUUUUGAGGGGUUAUUGGUGACAAAUUGUGGCUAUUUGUUGGAGUUCAAACAAAUAGUUAACCUUGACGCGCUAGUGAUGGAGCAAUAAAUUAGGAAGUUGAUAUAACUUCAGAUAUGGACUUCAGAUAGUGUAUCUAUAUGUGCGUUAAUGAUUAGCAUUAGCAUCUAGAUAAAGCUGGAACACUUCCCAAAUGAUGGAACACACAUGUAACGUACCACAAUUACCUGAAUACGUUGUGUUCAACUGUCCCAACCGCUAACAAAUCGUUUUCGAUUGUUAGUUCAGCCUGUUUGUAACAGUUCCCUGCCUCCCACGAAACACGCAACGACAAUACCAUAACAUGUAAUGGUGCUUUAGUCUACAAAGUGUGCACUUUUGCUACUUGCGUUGUUGCAUAUUUAAUGGUGACCAAAGGGCGAUUUGAGUGUCUAUUUCUCUACUCUCUGUAUCCGUCCGACGUUUGUGACCCUUUUUGCUCUUGGCAUUGAUUUCGACGGAACUAAUCGAUCCGAUAUCGAUCGUGCUGUGUACGGGUUGAGCGAACCAGCGUCAAACCGAACGGACUUUGUUGUGGUGGCUCCACAAUGGCGAGCAACUGUGAUGGACGACCCUGAAGAUCGCCAAAUUGCGUCGCAAGUGUCUUUCGUGUUGCUUAUGUUUCCAUCUAGAAAUCUAAGCAAGAGUGAUGGUGAUGUUUCAUUUGAAAUUUUGGUAGUCUAAUCAGCUUCCUCCGGUGGUUCCUCUUCGGUGUUGAAUGCUGAAUUCCGAUGCGAAAUCACGCUAUAAACUUCAUCACCAGCAACAUUGAUAAGAAUUGUAGUUUUGUUUUUGCGGCUUAAGAAGUGCCUUGAGCGUGGAUGUUUCUAGAGAAGAUGACGUCCCAAGCGUGGUUUUUUCCCGCUAUAUUUAGAUGGAGUUAUCAGUAAGCAUCGAGUUCGAUUACUCAAUUCACGAUCGAUUUGCGAUCGCUGCUGUAAGUGUGAUCUUGGGUCGAGCUUUAGCAAACAAGAACGGAGCAAUGUUUCGCUUCUUCAAAGACAGAGUCCGCCGAGAGUCUUCUUUGUAUGCAUGCCACUUGAGGGUAUGUCCGCAUCGGCAUACUACCACCUCACCCUUUGCUUAUCAUCUUGCAGGAGGUAUUUUAACCUUCACUGUUGUAAACGUUGCCGACGAUGAUUUACAGUUUGUGCGGCCACCGCUGAACGACACACGACCGGAAUUACUGUCGCGAAUUGCAAUCCGUGAAUGCUCUAGUGUGUGCGUUGUGACUGAUUGUAGUGUGGUAUGUUGACGAUACAGUGCACCCUUUCCAUCACACCGAUUUCUACCCGUCCCCCGCCGAGAGUGGCGCUUACGGUAAACAACACAGAUGACGUGGACAAAUCGGGAUGCGCUUCGUCGCGACUCACGCUAUUUCGAUUAUCGCAAUCUGUUGUGUUUGUUGUGGGUUUGGUGGAAUGGUUGUAGUAGUAAUUACUAGCUGGGAAAUAAAGAUAUUCGUUAUCAGACUAUUUAAGCGCAAAACUUCAAUCGUUCGCCUGACGUGGUAUAGAAGCCGAAAUGUUCUAGAAAAAAAUAUCAAUAAAGGUUCGCUGUAGGAAAGGAAACAGCCUUGAGAUGAGGCCUCUGUUUGAGAGUGUAGUAAGUUCAUUCAUAAUGUCUUGCUUUGCAUUCUCGGAAUCUUCAAAAUCUUGGCAUUAGAUGUGAUUACUUAAUCGCAUUUCGUCUCUACAGAAAUAAUAGUACCACUUGCUCAUUUGCCAAUUCAGUGCUGUGAAUGGUAAGCCUCAUUGAACUUGAGAAUAAGAAGUAAAAGUCCGCCUUAUACAAAUAUACACCUCUGCAAGGUGAUUGACAAGGAUUUUUUAUUUUUCAAAUGUUGUUCUGGAUGACUGUAUCUUGCUUGUUCAUCGAAAGAAUUCGAUCUGAAAGAUAAGACUAGACGUGAUUUCCAUUGUGUAUAUAAUUGGUUUGUUUUGAUAGCUGUUAGGUGUAUGAAAAAGUUAAUAUACGAUUGUCAAUGUAUGUACAUUUUCUUGGGUAUUAUAGGGGCUGAGGAUGAUUGCAUUCUUGCCGCGGAUGCCUUCAGACGUACUCAGAGCGGGUGAUCAAGUAGUGGAUUCUGUGAGGCUCGAGAAGAUCUUUUGUUGGAAAAUCGUACAUGCCUUUCCUUUUAAAAGUUGGGUCGCUAUGAACGUUCUCUUCUCGAUAUAAAAAAAAGAUGAUUGCAUACUUUCAGUGGUUUGGAACCCUGGGUGUCGUGAAACCUGGGCUAAAUCUUCUCCAAGUCCGUUUUAUAUGUUGUGGGAUUAUUUUUAUGUGCUAGAUAAUAAAUCGAGGGCCCAGCUAAGAUUUAAAAUUCAGCAGUUAAAUAAAAUCUUAGACCAAAUUUCAGUAACUCAAUCUUUUGAAAAUACCAUUCACUCGCAUUUACUUACAAAUGCUUCUCUCUCUCUCUCUUCUUGGCUUAACGACCCUCUAAGGUAAUGCCUGGCAUUUCUGGUUUACUAGACUUGUUUUUACCACUUAGUCGGAUAGUUACUCCUUGUUGGUUUUGAUGCCCAAUCUUGUCAUGUAGAACCAGCUCCGUUUAUCACAUAAACCACCAGGCCGCCCUUAAAUCGACAAAUGUCUAAAUCGUUCAAAAUUACCAUUCGCUGUUCUACCCGCGAAACACUACCUGAGUUAUCAGAGCGCCAAAUUGCGUCAGAAAUUUGUGAGAUUUAGCAAACCAUGUGUCAAACGUGUAAUAAAAUAUCACUGCACUUGUAUCACUUUAAGGAAAGCUGAUGUUUCUGCCUGGUUUUUUUCGCUUUUGUAGUAAACAGACAGACAGUUGAAGGGAUUAUAUUUCAUCGCCACGUUUAGCGAACACUUUUGAAAUUGUGCGCAAUUCAUUAAAAUCGGACGGACCUUGAAAGCGAUCCUACAGAGUGACGGGAAUUGUUCUGGAGUGAUUUCAAGAUACGGCUGAAACGUGGACGGUACUGUUGUUCUGGAGAUAUUUGUGGUUAUGAUCCACAAUGGUCUCACAAAUUCACGUGUUCCACUGCUAGUUGGCAUGUCGUUUAUCGUGGUGUGCAAUUAAUGUAAAUUGAGGCUUUAAAAUUGCACUAAAGCACCGCACAAUUUCAUUGCAUUUUCCAUACCACUGGCUUACUGCAUAGGACGAAACUGUUUCACAACGAAUAAGCUUUCAGUGGAAAUAAAAUUUCUAGUUUACCGCAAACGGUGUGCCGCGUUAUCGGUGUUAAUUUCAUGACGAUAUAGAAUUGUUUUCCUUUCCUUCGCCUUAGUUCAGUUGUUGGUAUGUUAGUUCUAUCGUACACGUCAUGCAAGUAAUGCAAACAGUUAUGCAAACAGUACGAAAUAUUGGCAAGCAUUCGAGCACAAGUUAGUAUACUGUUUGGUGACGGAACCCCGAACUGUGCCUGUUGUGAGACAAGCGCUUAUCAUUUACCUCGUUACGGAUGGAUAAUGACUAACGUGCGUUAUUUGCCUGUUUAAAUAUUCAGUUCCAGUAAUAGUGUGCCUGACGACAACGAGCUCUGGACAAAAAGAAAACUGCAAUUGUUUUUGUUUGACAAAACCAGAAGUACAGUACAGUUCCGAAACAGCUUGUGUGCGUCAGCAAACUCAGGUUCCUUCGUUUCGCUCGUGUUUCAGUGAACAGUGUUCUGUAUCAAAACGUAACGUGUCUCGCGCCUUAGUAUCUCGUGAUCGUGAUCAACGUAUCGCCAUCGACACUUGUUUCUCUCUCUCUCUCGUUUGUACGAAAGAAAGUUUCAUAUGUUCGCCAUCGGUUGGUGGUUAUGUUUCACACUAGCAGAACACCAAAGUGGAACGGAACGUUAGUUGGCAGUGGCAGUGGCAGUUCUAUGUACCGGAUCGUCGAAUGCUUCAUCUACCAUCGGUCGAUGUGUACAUGGUGGUGAAUCUGUAUCUGGUUGCAUUUUGCUACAUUAAAUGGCAGCUCUCAAUGUGGCUGGUCGGUGCGAUCGCGGAACGGGCCGGAAGAAUGCGUAAGCUUACCGUGCUGGUGACCUUCUGCUGGGUUGCACUGAUCACACAGAUCGUGGCCAUCUCCAAUCUUUACCACGAUGGGUUACAAGACAUUCCAGGACCACCAUCGAUAAUAACGUUGGUGGACAAUCAGCAUCAUGAGCUGAACAAUAUCGAAAGCAAGUUGGAGGAGAAUUUAGAAGCAACACUGAAGAAUCUGUCGCACAACAAUGUUCACACCGUGCAAACAACCGUUCCGUUACACGCUGAAGAUGAUGAUACAGGCGGAUCUCUGGACAGCCCAAACAAUGAUACGAUCGAAGCAAAUGAACCCUCCACUGUCCAUCCAAAGGAGAACGAGCAGCCGUUGUUGGUGAUGAUUCCCGUGAAAGAACCGGACGAUGCAUCGAUGGGAUCCGUUCCACAGCCCGCUGAAUCUACUUCGACGCAAGAAGUAUCGAGCGAAGCAACACUAGCUACCGAUCCUGGUACGCCUGUCAUUCCACCGAAGCAGCUCGAAGUAAACCUAACGGAAGAAAAUCCUAUGCCAGUGUUUAGCGAGUGGGCCCAGAAACAGAUGGCUGAGGCGGAGAAAAAGUUAGGUGAGGUGGUGAAUGCGUCUGCCAUGAAGAAGGGCGCAAAACCAUCCGGUAGCAAAACGGGCGGUGGCACCAUGAAGCUACGGGCGAAAAAUUAUGCCGCACCGGAAUGUGGGGCAAAGAUUAUAGCAUCGAACCCGGAGGCACAAAGUACGGGUUCUGUCCUAACUGCACCGAAAGACGAGUAUCUGCUAAAUCCGUGCACCAGUAAGAUUUGGUUCGUGGUGGAACUGUGCGAACCGGUACAGGCGGAACGGAUCGAGCUGGCCAAUUUCGAGCUGUUCUCAUCGUCACCGAAAGAGUUUACCGUAUCGGUUAGUAAUCGAUUUCCGACGCGCGAUUGGGCCAAUGUGGGCCAGUUCACCGCCAAGGACGAACGGUAUGUGCAAAGCUUUCAGCUGCAUCCGCAUCUGUUCGGCAAGUUCGUGCGGGUUGAGAUACUGUCGCAUUACAAUCAGGAACAUUUUUGUCCGGUGUCACUAUUUCGUGUGUACGGUACGUCGGAGUUUGAAGCGUUCGAAACAGACAACACACCGUUACUACCGGACGAUGAUGAUGAUGACGAUGAGAUGCUUGGGUUAGCUAAUGGGGCAGAGAGUAAAGAGCUGCUGCAGUCGGGCAAACCGAUUGUUACGGAUGGUGAAGGAGUAGCCUUUGAUGAAGAAAAUUCUCUAACGGCCCAAGGUGGAAAGCAGCAAGAGGAAGGAUCUUUGGAAAAGCAGGGAUACGAUGAACCGGUUGGACGAAAAGGAGGAAAGAAUCCAAACAACAUUCUGAAAUCGGCCGGUGAGGUGGUAAUGAACAUGGUUAAGAAAGCUGCCGAAGCACUUGGCAAAAGUGGGAACGAUAGUAACGAUUCGUCGAUCGGUGGCACCACAACGGAAAGGACACCAUCGGAGGGAAGGAUUUUGGUUACGAAUGUUCCGACGAGCUUACCAGCUGCACCAGCAUCAUCGUUAUCUUGCGUUACACUAGCUUAUACAAUACGUUGCGUUAAUUGCACCGACCAUUUUCGGGCUCGUCUCGAGUCUUUGAUGAAUUGCAAACACAAUCUUCUCACUAGUCUACUAGGAGUGGCACGAAUCGAGCGAUCGUUCGAUUCCGCCCAGCAUUUUCUAUGUGCCAACGUGUUAGGAUUUAACUUACCGCGAUCGAUACAGGGCGAGGGCGUGGGGACCGGCGAGGUGUCACCAACGGUUUGCAUGAAUAUGCGCUACAGUGUGCUUAAUCUGUUACCGGACGAGUUGGUGGCGGGGCUGUGCAAUAUGGUGGCAUUUGAUCUGAACCUUAUACCGAUGUCACAUCCCGAUGGAAUACAAGAGAACAAGGAAGUAAUAGCAGGAAGUGAGAUACAAAAGCAUGAGAACGAUAAAAAUACUUCGGAACAAACGCGUGAAGAAGACGGUGCCAAGAAUAUACCUAAUCAACAACAGGAAAAGCACGUACCGGCACCAGGGAAAACAGUCGUCGAUGUUAAUCAUGUACCAAAAAUGGUCGAAAAUGUAGACACAUCUGAACCAAAUGGGCAAGGAACCGUAAAUGAUAACGAGCGAGAAGUUGUAGCUACUGCAGAGGACGGAAGCGAGCAGAUUUUAUCGGAAAAUGCGUCCAAAGAGGAUGUGAACAUGUUUAAUAUAGUUACUGAACCAUCUGUUGCUACUACGCCUGAUUUUGCUGCCCGUGACGAAGCGUUUAAAGCUACGGAUGGAUCUAAAGAACAGGAACAACAGCACCAGAAUCUGCCAGAACAUCGAGAAAAGGAAGACUUUUCCAACGGUCACCAAUGGGAAACGAUUGAAGAUGGUAUGUUGGUCGUUGGCGGACAUCAUCCUUCGGAAAUAGCAGGAACCGCUCCUACAGGCAGUGGAGGAUUUACGACCGGACCUGCUGUUACAACUGCCCCAUCGGGUAUGGGUCAGCAAAAGGUGCAACCAGAGAGCGUUUUUCUGCGAUUGUCCAACAGAAUUAAGGCCCUUGAGCGAAACAUGAGCCUUUCGGGACAGUAUCUGGAGGAAUUGAGCCGUCGCUAUCGCAAGCAGGUGGAAGAGUUGCAGCAUUCCUACGCCAAAACGUUGCACGAGAUCCAGGAACAGAACCUACGCAUAACGGAGAGUGAGAUGAAGCUGCGAGAAGUGAAUGAACGUUUGCGGCAGGAUUUGGUAGAAUUUCAGGCAACGGCUACGGAUUGGCGCAACAUUGCUUUAGCGGUGCUGGUGUUUAUCGUACUGAUGCUUUUCAUUCUUCUCGCAAUGGUACGUUCGGUGGCGAGCAGCGUUAACCGUUUAGCAAACGGGCGUACGAUAGAAAGACAGCAGCAACCUGCACCAUUACCGCAGAGCGUUAUCGAUCGUGAGCUGGCACAAGUUGGCUCAGAUGCUAAACCGAUUCGUGGUCGAAUGUUGCGAAGAAAAUCAAUCGAUGGUAUGCCGACGGGUGGUGGUGUGGAUGUGACCGGAAGUACAAUCAGUAGCGCUUCGGGUAUUAUUAUUGCGACCGCUGAAUCAUCGACGGUGGGCACGAGUAUGUCACCGGCACGGUUACGCAAAAAGCGACCGAGUGAAGAGGCGCUUAAUAUUAGCGGAACAUACGUGAACCUGUUGAUCGAUGACGGGGAAGGAUCACAGCUACACCAAUCGGCACAAUCAGCACCGAUAGCGUUGGAGAGGAAAAAAUCUAAACAUAAGCACCGUAAAGUGUCCGCACCGUCGAUGAUUGCUAGUAGUUCAACUCCGGUCCCGCAUGGUAGUGGUUACACGCAUCAUGAACCCGCGAAACGAUCAAUUUCCAUGAUCGAACCACACGAGCAACAGCGUUGGAGAAUGACGCCCGUAAAUGGGAGUCCCCAACGUCAGCAAACUCCCGAGAAGGAAAACAGUGGCCGUAUCGAUGAGUUGCCAUACCUGGAGGAUAAUGAUGAAUUUAUUAUACCGACGGCAAGCGAUUUGUCGUACGAUGAGUAUGUGCCCGGAUCGAACGUUUCCUCGGUGGAAACUGCGCCGACACCUAGCGAUAUAGAACGGCCCGUAAAUGGUACGCCCGAUAGGAAUGGAAGUGUACCACCACAAUUACUGUCUAGCGGUGGUGAUGCCGGCGAAGGAAUGGAACCGAAAAUAAACCAUUCAAAAUCGACACGCCGUCUGUCGUCGCCGGCAUUUUUCAAAAGUUCACUGUUGCGUUCAAGUCUUGGAUCGAAAAAACGUUCAUCUAAAAAGUCGACUAAUGGCAACAGUAGUAAUAACACAAGUAGUAAUAGUAGUAGCAGUAAUAGUUCCAACACUAGCGGCGGUAACAACAUUUCCGUCGUGAAGGAAGCGGGUGCAGGCGAUGCGGGAUUAAGUGAAAGCGUACGUACACCCCAGGACAGCUGGUACCGUUGGUGGUCAUCGGAGCAGAGCAAAGUGCUUUCCUCGUCUUCGCCGUCAUCUAGUCAGGAAGUUGGUGUGUCGCCAGACGGCAAACACCAGCAACAGCGCCAAAGGAUAGGAAAAGCCAAAUCAGCCAGCCCAUCCGAUAGUGGUGCCAAGCAGGUGGAACAGGAACCGGUAAAGUUGUCCGUGUCGUUCAAUGGUGAUCUGCCGUCGAACGGUGUUGCUGUCGGUGGUAACGGUGCGCUAGAACGAAAAUCAAGCCGGGGUAGCAUACGACGAUUGUUCCGGAAGGUGUUCUGAAUAAAGUAGCAGAUAACUGAAUUACAAUAGACUGACGCUGCCGCCGCUCCAUGUGUGCGAAGCAGCUGUGUGAUGGAGAGACGAUUGUUAAAAACACAAAACAAGACAGCCACCAAUGGGCGGGAUCUUCUUCAAGGGCCAACCGAUUAGCGGAGAACAUAUUUAGCAGUUGAUAGCGCAUACUUGUAGCAUACCAUGCGGACAUGUUUCCACUGUUUCGCUGGAGGGAAAAAGUCAGCAGAUGAUGCAAAUGGUUCCUUUCUCUCAACCUGUACACCCACUUGUUUUACGUUUCGUACUUGUUGUGUAUUUCCUUUUGUCUUAUUUAUAUUUUGAUGUCUGUAUAAAUGUGUACCCGUUAAAAAAUUGAAGGUGAAAAUAUCGCUAGAUUUAAUAAUGUAGGAAUAACUCCACAUCGCUGUAGAUGUCGUAGAAUGAUAAGCGCUAAGUAGGAAUGUCCGUUUCUGCGGGAUAAAUCUGUCUGUUUCUUAACACUCUUGCCAUUUAGAAAAAUGUUUUGUUUUUUUUGCUUCAGUGAUGUUGAGAAAAAAAAGCACACAUGAAUAUACGUGUCUUGUUCUUUGCCUUACGUGUGUACCAGUUCCAAAUCGAUGUUUAUGAAAAUUGUAUGUGUUGAAAACGAAAUGUAAACCAAACAAAUUGGACCCACCCGGUUUUGAUUGAUUUGUUGUGAUGUUUGGUGCAUUUGUAUUAAAUGUUAUGAAACAAAAUUUGUUUGUUCGGCUAACCAAAAAGUAGAUUAAUCAAUUCGGUAACUGCAAACACGUGCAGAUGCGAAUAAGUCACUCUAGAUGUUGUCAUAGCAUAUAGCUUAGCUAUGUGUACGGCUCAUCCUUGUAACAGAUACUGGAACAACAGGUGGUUAUAUACCCUUUAAUAAUUCGGUUUAAAGCGAUUUCGGACAGUCUAGUAACAGGUCAGAACUGCAAUGUGAUUGUACUGUUUGGAAACAUAUGGAAACAAUUAUUUGCGAUCACUAACAAACAGUAACCAAUACUAAAUAUAGGCCAUACAAAAGGAUAACAAAUUGUAGCACGUCGUCCACAAUGUACUGUCGGAAAAAGUAAAACAGCAGUACACAUUGUUCCGCACUAGUUAAACUUUUUCGUGAUGCACCUUCCGUAGGCUUUACAAUGGUACAUUAAAUGUGGCAAAGCGUUAUAAUAAUGGAACACAAAAUAUUACCCCAUAGAACAGGCUCACCCGUUUAUCUUCGCCUCAGUCAGUAAUGCCAAAUAUGCAUAACUUGAAACUCCGAUGGGCGAGAAACAAGGCCGGAUGGAUCCUACCGUUGAAACGUUCAUGUAGAAACCGAAAUAAAUUAUUUUGUUAUCAAUAGUA